UAGAUACCCGCAUUACGGUCCCCAUCGCCUUCUUUAACCCUUCUCCCUCUCCUGCUACUUCUUGCGCUUACUUCGCCCUCCCCUUCUCCCCUCUCUUCUCUCUCUCCUCUGAUCGUUUAUUUCCCUUCGAUCUACCUCUCCCCUCCUCUCUACCCCUCUCCACUCUUCUCCCCCAUUCAGUUAUAGACAUACGAUGAGAUCGGGCUUUGCUUAUCCCUGCAAUUGUUGUCUGUGCCUGCACAACCUGCCUCCUGUCCAAUCCCCGACUGGGAAAGGCCCGCUACUACUUUUGAGGUGCGGAGUUAAAAACAGAGUCAACGCUUAAUCUCCACAUCUGCACAACUUCGAUAUCUAUUCGCCAUCUUCCAACUACACCUGCUUUCCGCUAUAAUGAAUUUCCGUGAAAAGGUUCGAAGAGUGUUCCGACGGAGCAGCAGCUCUUCGUCGUCUUCCAAAACGAAAGGCAGCGGCAUUAAGAUUGAAUACUACAAGCGCCACGAGAUACCUCGUUCUAAAUUCAAGGGUCCCUUCGAUCGGGAACACCAACGGAGUCUCGCCGCAUGGUCCUUUCAGGGAGCACAAGAUGAGCGGCGCCGGUCGCUAGAUCUGUCGCUGUCGCCCUGCGCAUCCUUACCGGACUACUUGAGACCCCAAUGUGAGGAGGAAUACCUGGCUCCGGAUCAGAUGCCAACAGUGGCUCCGGAGGUAGAUAUGUUGAAUGCAUCGAUAUCCGUGUGCCAUGACGAGUACGCUCCUGGCCGCCCGGGAGACAGCAGCGGCUCGACAUCCUCGACUGCUGUGGACCCGGCGAGCUACAGCGAGUCGCUGAUGACGCUUCUUCCGGAGCUCGAACAGGAGGACCCGAUCGCGCUCUGGAAAGAAUCCAUCCGGUACACCUCCCCGGUUGUACGGACGAUAUCGCCGCCUCCGAUGGCACCCAAGGACGCUUACAUGCCAUUCGCACCCGAAGAUCUGACACGAGCGUUGAACGCUGUGCAGAUCUGCUACUAGAACUUAUAUUUAUCCUAAUAACCACUUCGACUUCCGGCAAGAUCUUCGCUUCAUAUCGUCACGUGAGACAGUCACCCAAUGAGCGACCCCUAUCCCGACGAUCAACCUAUUCCUUUUUCCCUCUUCGCACUAGACGAAGCAAACAAUUACCGACAACGACAUCCACUUUCUAUUCUAAUCCAGCCAACUCCAGCC